AUGCUUAUCGAAGAGACCUACCACGACGUCAAAACGUCCUACGGGACCACCAUGAGGCUCUUUGUAUACCACCCCAAAGUCCCCAAUUACCCAAAUGCAAAGUUUCCAGGAGUUGUGGUGUACAGUGAAAUUUACCAAGUCACUGGUCCCGUCGCCAGAUUUGCCAAGGAUAUUGCAGGACAAGGAUAUAUAGCGGUAGCACCGUCCAUUUACCAUAACUUUGAACUGCACGAGCCAUUGGCUUACGAUGCUGAAGGAACAGAUAAGGGUAACAACUACAAGGUUACCAAAGAAUUGAAGUCGUAUGAUGAAGACAAUAAGUUGGCAAUUAACUAUCUUAUGGACCUUAAAACUUGCAAUGGCAAGAUUGGCGCUACAGGAAUGUGUCUUGGAGGCCAUUUGGCAUUUAGAGCUGCUCUUGACAAAAGAGUGAGUGCUGCAGUUUGUUUUUUUGCUACUGACAUUCACAACCAUGCUUUGGGCAAAGGCCAACAAGACGACUCGCUCGCACGAAGCAAGGAAAUAGAAGGAGAAAUCAUCAUGAUUUUUGGGUGCAAAGAUAACCAUGUACCUUUGGAAGGUAGAGACUUGAUUCGGUCUACUUUGAGAAAGAAUAAUGUCGAUAUGACGUUUAUCGAGAUCAAUGAUGCCCAACAUGCCUUUAUUAGGGAUGAAAUGAGUAAAGGCCGUUACGAUCCUGCCACCACCAAGGCAUGCAUGGAGUGGCUCUUUGAACUUUUUACAAGAAAGUUGAAACUCGACUACGGCGAGCACGAUGGUAAAACACAAACGAUCGAAAACGUAUGCUAA